AUGUUGCGAUACUAUUUCAUGCUGAUAUGUUUGUUUUUCCUUUAUUCUGGAGUUGGAGCUUCAGUUGAGGCGAAAGGAGAUAAGGUGGUGGUGGAUUGUAGCACGUUACGACUGGGCCAGUACAUUUGCCCUGAUCCAAACAAAGAUCAAAUCGAUCCGAACACCCAGCAGUUUGUAGGAUGCGUCAAAGGGAAAGAAGUUCCGUCAGAAGGGGAGGCAGAAGUAUACUGUAUCGCAUCUGAAGGAAUUAUCUGCAAUGAAACAAACAGCUCUUCAUUCAAAAGGAAGAUGCCAUGUAAAUGGACGAAUGGCUACUCUCUUGAGAUAGCACUGCUUCUCUCAGUAUUCUUGGGUAUGUUCGGAUUGGACCGCUUUUAUUUAGGCUAUCCUGGGAUCGGAUUAGCUAAACUGUGUACUUUGGGAUUCAUGUUCCUGGGACAACUCUUGGACAUAAUUCUCAUUGCUGCUCAGGUGGUUGGUCCUUCCGAUGGUUCAGCCUAUGUUAUACCAUACUAUGGAGCUGGUGUCACAGUAGUCCGAAGCACCAACGAAACCUACCUGCUUCCCCAGGCAGACUGGCACAACAUCACUUGA